GAAACUACUAUAAACAAUUUGAUUUGUAUCAUUUUUUUCACUAGCAUGUUGACAUAUAUUAAGGCAAUGAAAAGCACAAAACUAGUUCAGCAAUGAAAUUAAGCAUAGAAGUUUGAUUUCUAAGCUACUUGAAUUCAAACCCAAACUACUCUUUACACUUCUCUGAAACUGAACAUGUUCCCUAACUUCUUUCUGUGUUUCAUUUUCCUCAUAAGGAAAAACAAUAUUUGUUUCCUGAAAUUUUAUGAAGAUUAAAUUGGUAUGUGUGGAAUAUUCUGAAUAGUGUUUGACAUAUUAUACACACAAUUCAUGGUGGAGUCAAACUGUGUCUAUUUCCCUGUAGUGCACAUACUUUACAUACUGAAAAUCUUAGUUCUAUUACUUACUAGUUUUGUGACUGUCAACAAAUACAUAACCCUUUUCUCUGCCUUUUCCUCUGUAAAAUGGACAAUAAUGUGUUUCUUAAAUUAAUAAUCUAUAUGACAAUUUAGAAUGAUUGCCAUGUAGCCAAGUGUGUUGACACAUGUCUACAAUCCCAGCUCCUGAGAGACAGAGGCAAGAGAAUGGUCACAAGUUUAAGACCAGUCUGUUCUCCAUAGCAUAUUCUAGGUCAGCCAGUGCUACCUGUUGGAAACAAUAAAAUCAAACAAAGAAACAAUCAAUUUAGUAUCAAAAAUCAUUAGAAAUGCUCCAUUUCCUCAGAGACCAUCGUGGAAGAGGGUGUGGAAAGAUUGUAACAUCCAGAGGUUAGGAAGGAGCAGAGGAAAACAGUGUCUUCAGGACAGAACCUGGCCAGCGCACCCAUGGACUCACAGCAGCUGUGGUUACCUGUAUAAGAUCAAGAAAGUCACCAUUCUAACAUAAAGGGCAGAGUGGCUCAUGACUCCCUCCUCCAACCAUAACUGAAGGUCUAUCAACAGUUGGUGGCUUCUGAGGGGGAGGGAGAGACAGUUUUUUAAAGGGUGUAACCCCUGAAAGAAUUAAUAAAAGUAUUUUUUAAAGAAAUGCUUAAUUUAGUAUUUCAUGUCAUUGGUGUAUCACAAUUUGUUGAUUCAUUUUCUUUUUGAUGCUCCUUUGCUUUAUUUCAAAUUGUUUUUAUGAAAGAUGCUGAGACUGUCCACUCUUGUCCUACUUAAAAGUGAAAAUAACUUUGUUUCUGUCUUAACAUACAUGAAGAACUGUUGCUGUUAAUAUUUUCCCACUCUCUGUCAUUGGAAACUUGAAUAAACACUUUCAGAUCCUCUUUUGGUACAUGGUCAUUACCAUGCCAUACAUGUGACCAACCCACAUAAUUUUCCUAUUAGGGUUUCAGUCCUUGGGUAUGAAUGGAAAGCAGAACCAAUUUACGUGACUAAAGCUGUCGUCCUCCGUUGUAAGAUGUAAGCAGACACUGAGACGUGAACCAGAGAGAAAAGACUUUUUCUCAGCUUGAACUGUUGGCAUCUCAGAAGACCAAAUCCUUAGGUAUCCUGAUACUUGGAGAACAUCGGAUAUAUCCACUCAUAUUUUUAGAAGAACUUGCCUAAGAAAAUGCUUGGAGAAGCCUUCCUAACAGAAUUCCUUUACAAAGAAGAGAAACAUGCAAAAUUUCAUAAGCCACUAAGAUGUAAGAAGACAUCAAAUGAUGAAAAGGAAAAUUGGGAAAGUAAAAUUUUAAAUAUACAGGACAAUCCACCUCCUCCUCUUAAGAUGGGAAAUCAAGAGAAAGUUAUAGAAGGAAGUCUAACUGAAGAAGAUGAUAAUACAUCUCAAAUGAAAUCUGUGGAUGAGCUACCUGUUGCAAAAUUCAAAAGUACAUUUCUUCCAGGAAAUGUAUCCAUUGCAUUGCCCAUUCCAAAGAGGGGACAUGAUGACACACAGCUGGAUUUAUAUCGGUCUUGGUCAUGUACAAGUAUUUGCCAGAAUUAUCCUGACCUACAGAUAGGAGGUGACCACGUUAGAAACAUGUAUGAUUCUGGCUGCUUUGUGGAACACGCCCACGACGAUGUUUGUAAUGGUCCUCUUUUACUUUCAGUGGAUAUAUCAAUGGGCCACUCUCCUAAAACUGAGCCUCUAGAGAAUACAUCCACUUCAAAAUUAUUAAAUGGGGAUGAGAUUCGAGAAAAAAGUAUGCUAUUACAUAAGCAACCCCUCUCUAAUUCUAUGCUUAAUAGUUACAUGGAAAAAAAGGUAGAUGAACUCUACAAACAGUUUUUGGAAGAAAAUCUUACCAGGUGCCUCUCUAUAACCAACCUCAUGGCCUCUAAUAUACUGAUGAAUAAUGUUAAUCAAAUUAGCCUUCAAAUCUCUCAAGAGCAGAACAUAGAGGCCUCCAAAGCCCGAGAAGCACUCCUCCACUCUUUAGCACUCUAUAAUCUUCGUAAUGCUUCCCAUCGAAAUAGUACUGAAUUAAGCACACCUAACUUACAAAUAUCAAACCAGACUAGUCGGGAACUUGUGUGACAUCUGUAGUAGGAAUCAACUAAAUAUUGACUGAAUCAAAUAAGAGAACAAAAUAACCACUGUAUUCUUUUGUUUUUUAUGCUUCAUUGAGUUUCCAUUGUGGUGGUGUUACUUUUUGGAGAAAUGAUUUUUAUCUUUGUACAUCUGAAUUCUUGUAGGAGAUAAGUACAACUAAGAAUUAUGACCAUUUAUGUUUUCUUUCUGUUUUGACUCCUUUAGUAGUUAGCACAUUCAGGAUGGUACGCUCUGUAUGUACAUAUUGUCACUAAGCUUUGUUUACCACAAAAGUGGUAUGAGGAGUCCAUAAUUGUAAGCUACUUAAGAGACCAUAGCAGCUGUAUCAGAAAUGUUUAGAGGCAUAUGACCAGUGUUUAGAUAACCUCCCACUUAUAUGUGGUAUAUAAGAUCACUUACAAGACAAGGAGAAUAGCCUGGGGGAUUUUGUUUUGUACAUUAUGUAUACCAUAAUCAUAUGUAAAUUGAGAGAACCUAUAGAAAGAAAAAUACAACUUGGCUGGCAUUGGUCAGAAAGGUAGAGGAAAGAUUAAAGAAAAAUGAAGAAUCGGUUAGUUCCAUUUGAAUUAAACUUGAUAUUUUGAACUCUCCUGACAGAAGGACUAACUGGUAAAGCACUGCUCUAUGCCUGGUUGUUUUGAAGGCUGGGAGGAAGGAAGGCACCUAAGUUGAGUGACUAAAGUGUAUAGAAAAGCACUAUCUACUUCUGAGAUUCUCCUGGCAAUGGUUUACACUAUUCAGAUUCUCUACAAUCAUGAUCUUGACUUGAAAUGAAAGAAAAUGUGUAAAAUUUGAAAUUUAAACCAAAUUAAUACAAUACACCUUAUGUAAUGUUGUGUUUUAUUGCCAAAUUGGAAACAAGAUCUCAGGGCUAACAGUUCACAUUUCUCCUAUGAAUAGUGAAAUGAUCAUUUUACACUAUUGCUUGUAAAAUACAGUGCUAUGGAUUUCUGUUAUUAAAGUUUUUUGAAUGUGUUAUAUAUUAAUGUUUUGUGUAUUAAUAAUCCUCUCUGAAUAAGUAAUUGUUUUUUAUUUGAUUCUAUAGAAUGAACCAAUUCAAUGUCUUCAUAGCUUGUUACUUUUAAUAACAUUUUCUUCAUUUUUGCAGCUUCAACUUUUAUGAUGAAAUAGUAAUGGUGUAAAAUAUCUUGCUUUUCUCUUCAUCACUUCUAUUCAUAUCAUCAUCUGCCAUAUUUUUUCCAAUCAAUUUCAGUCACUCAGAUGUUUGAUUCUGAAAGACAAUGAGCAAAGGUUUUGGAAAAACUGAUUUACUGUCUUUCAGAGACUGAAUACUGCAUUUUCUGUCUAUUUGAUUUUAACAUUUCAAUACAGAUCACCCAUAUGAAACUACAUUGGUUUUAAAGUUUGUAAUUUUGAAAAUUGAAUAAAAUGUAUUUAGACAACA